CUGAUAAGGUCACACAGGGAGUUGUGUGUCUGUGACAUCUCUCUCUCUCUGUCCCUGUCGGUCAGUUCAGCUGUCUGCUAGUUUAACGGUAGUGUUGCCGGUGAUUGCAUCAUCGCAUCCCUCCCUCCGUAGAUCUGCUCUUUGUGCCACCGGAGAGGAACUCCGUAGCCAUGCAGUGUGAACCUUUUGCACCUGGUAUUCCGUUUGUGUCAACAGUGACCAGAGCCACCAUGGAAAUCGAGGCACCAACAGCAUCGAUGGAUCCCAAGUUUAAGGAUGGUAUCGUCGUCCGCGCUGGUGAAACGUUUGUUAUCCGAGCGGAUAUCCUGGGGACGCCACUCCCCAGAGUCAAGUGGUUAAAAGACGGAAAAGAAAUUGAUAAAACCGCCCCGAGAACGGAGGUCGUAAAAACGUUUGAACGUACAGUUCUAACAGUUCUAGAUUGCGUCAGAGUGGACGGCGGACAGUUCGUCCUGAGUCUCAGCAAUGUGGCCGGAAAGAAAGAUAUACCUGUCAAUGUUAAGGUUCUUGAUAGACCUGGUCCACCUGAUGGGCCAUUGAAGAUAACUGGUGUGACUGCAGAGAAAGCCGCGCUGCACUGGAGUCAUCCGUUACAAGACGGCGGUGCCAGUGUUUCCCAUUAUAUCAUUGAAAAGAGGGUAACCAACCGCGUGUCAUGGACUGUAGUCCAACCGGAAACCCAAGCAGUCAGCUACAAAGUGACUAAACUUGUACCCGGCACUGAGUACAUCUUCAGAGUGAAAGCGGUGAAUAGGUUUGGCAUUGGUGAACCUCUUGAAUCAGACCCGGUUACUGCAUGUUGUCCUUUCAAGCCGCCCAGCUCUCCUUCCACACCUGAAGCAAGCGCUAUAACAAGCGACUCAAUGGUUCUUACAUGGAAUCGUCCAGAAAACGAUGGUGGCUCAGAAAUAGAUGGCUAUAUCGUUGAAAAACGCGAUAAAGACGGUGUUAGAUGGACAAAGUGUAACAAGAGAAGACUUAACGAUAUUCGGUUCAGAUGCACCGGACUCGCCGAGGGGCAUUCCUACGAGUUCAGAGUAUCUGCUGAGAAUUCUGCUGGUGUGGGAGUGCCAAGUGUACCAACAGGAUAUAUCAAAGCUUGUGACCCCUUAUAUCCACCAGGUCCUCCUUACAACCCUAGGGUGACAGACCAGUCAACCACAACCGUGUCCAUCUCAUGGUCAAAGCCCAUCUAUGAUGGCGGAGCAGCCAUCAAAGGAUAUGUUGUUGAGAUGAAGGAAGUAACGGAGGAAGAGUGGACAACCUGUACACCGACAACUGGUGUUGAAGAAACACACUUCACUGUGAAAACGCUGAAGGAGAAUGGAGAAUACAACUUCCACGUCUGUGCGAUUAACACUGAAGGAGUUGGGGAACCCGCUGAUGUACCAGGGACUGUAGUUACAUCUGAAAGACUUGAGGCACCUGAGAUUGAACUAGAUUCAGACCUGAGGAAAAUGGUGUCAGUUCGGGCGUGUGCGACACUGCGUCUGUUUGUCCCAUUCAAAGGAGAACCUCGACCUGUAGUCAAGUGGUCCAAGAUGGAAGGUCCUCUUACUGAGCGUGCACACAUUGAGGUCACAAGCACCUACACAGUCCUUGUCAUCCACACUGUCAACAGACUUGACACUGGUAAGUAUGCGUUGACUCUUGAGAACGUCAGCGGUAUGAAGUCUGCUUUCAUUAAUGUCACAGUGUUGGAUUCACCAAGUGCCCCUGAGCACUUUGAAGUCAAGGACAUUACUAGAGAUUCUGUAUCACUAUCCUGGGAGCCUCCACUGAUUGACGGCGGAGCUAAGAUCACACAUUACAUUGUGGAGAAGAGAGAAGCUCAAAGACGGGCCUUUACCAGUGUUUCCGAGAACUGUGGAAGAAAUAGAAUGAAGAUUGACAACCUCAUAGAAGGGGGACUUUAUUACUUCCGUGUACGAGCUGUUAAUGAGCUCGGUGUGGGUUUGCCAGCGGAAACACCAGAACCAAUCAAGGUAUCCCAAGCUCCUUUGCCUCCUGGUAAAGUCACUGUUGUCGAUGUUACUCACGACAGUGUGAGUCUGUCAUGGGAAAAGUCUGACGACGACGGUGGAAGCAGAAUCAAAUGCUACGUAGUGGAAAUGCAAACCAAGAGCGAUGACAAAUGGACUGUGUGUACUGAGAUACGGGGAUUGAGAUCAACUAUUGAUGGACUCUUAACAGGUGAGGAAUAUUCAUUUAGGGUUAGUGCAGUCAAUGAAACAGGCAAGAGUGAACCGAAGCUACUGGCAGAGGCUGUCGUAGUAAACGACGACACAGUGGAACCCAUCAUAGAUCUGAUGUGCAACACGUUCAGUGUCAAGGCAGGAGACGACCUGAAGAUCGAUGUUCCAUUUAGAGCCAGACCUGAACCUGAGGUUUCAUGGAAGAAAGAUGGUGCUGAGUUGAAGGAGACAACCAGGGUUAGCUUUCUAACAUCUAAUAACUCAUCACUAAUCACUAUCAGAAACACAACCAGGGAGGAAUCAGGGAACUAUGAGAUCACCUUAAGCAACACAGUUGGUAGAAAAUCAGCCAUAAUAGCUGUGGUCAUCUUGGAUAAACCUGGCCCACCUGGUGCAAUCAAGGUAGAUGAGGUCAACGCUGACUAUAUUUCACUGUCUUGGGAUCCCCCACUCUACGAUGGUGGAUGUCCAAUCAGCAACUACGUGGUAGAGAAGAGAGAUACUACCACUACAACAUGGAAGGCCGUUUCAUCCACAGUUGCCAGAACAUCUAUUAAGGUUCCUCGUUUGACACAAGGCACUGAAUAUCAGUUCCGAAUUGCAGCUGAAAACCGUUACGGCGUGAGCCAUGCUGUGGAGUCCGCUUCCGUUGUUGCACAGUACCCCUUCGAGACACCUGGCCCUCCCACUACCCUCCGUGUUGCCCAGGCUACAAAGUCCUUCAUGUUGGUUUCAUGGAAUGAACCAGCCAGGGACGGUGGAAGUCCAAUCAUCGGUUAUCACCUGGAAAUGAAGGACUAUAGCAGUAUUCGCUGGACAAAGACUAACAGAGGACGUCUCAUUGCUGAAACAGAAUUUAAAGUGAAUGGGGUUGAAGAAAGCUUGCAGUAUGAAUUCCGUGUUGCUGCUGAGAAUAUUGCUGGCGUUGGACCGUACAGCAAAGCCACUGAGCCUGUAGCUGCAAGAGAUCCAUGUGAUCCUCCUGCUAACCUUACAGUCACAGACAUCACAAGAUCUUCCAUUUCUCUCACUUGGUCCAAGCCAGAGAAUGACGGUGGAGCCAAGGUGACUGGCUACAUUGUUGAUCGCAGGGAGCUUCCAGAUGGUUGUUGGCUGAAGUGCAAUUUCACCAAUCUCCAGGAAACUUACUAUGACAUUGAAGGUCUUACGGAGGACAUUCAAUAUGACUUCCGUGUUAUUGCAAAGAACUCUGCUGGAGUACUCAGUGAGCCGUCGCAAUGCACAGGUGCCGUCACAGUCAAGGAUAACGUUGUUCUACCUCGCAUUGUCUUGGAUGACAAGUAUAAGAAAUUAGUCCUUGUCAAAGCCGGAGAUGUUCUGAGAAUCGAUGCAGAUAUUUCUGGGCGCCCACGUCCAGUCAUUUCCUGGUCAAAAGAUGGUGAAAGGAUUGAGAUCAAGGCAAGAAUAGAGAUCACUUCAACACACACUACCACCACAUUACUAGUCAGAGACGCUAUCCGAAGAGACUCGGGUCAGUACACUGUAACAGUGCAGAACAUUGCUGGUACAAGGUCCCUGUCUGUAAACUGUAAGGUACUUGACCGCGCUGGACCGUCCUCUGCGCCAUUGGAUGUGACUGGUCUGACCGCAGAGAAAUGCACUUUGACCUGGGGACCACCUCAAGAAAAUGGUGGUGCGGAAAUUCUGCGCUAUAUAGUUGAGAAAUGUGAAACCAGUCGUGUCACCUGGACUUCAGUAUAUGAAGACAUGAAAGCUACAACAUGCAAGGUCACCGGUCUGCGUAAAGGAAAGGAAUACAUCUUCAGAGUAAAGGCAGUGAAUGAAUAUGGAGAAGGUGAAGCCUUGGAGAGUGAGCCAACCAAGGCCACAGAUCCAUUCACUGUCCCUGCUGCACCGACAGAUGUUGAAAUCACCAGCAUAACAAGUGAGACAAUGACAAUCUGCUGGAAAAGGCCGGAGUCCGAUGGAGGAAGCAGCAUUUCUGGCUACGUUAUUGAGAAACGAGAGAAAUCAGGAAUGCGCUGGGUACAGGUGAACACGAAACCUGUGAAUGACCUUAGGGUCAAGGCAUCCAAUCUCUGUGAGGGAUGUGAGUAUGAGUACAGAGUCUAUGCAGAAAAUGUUGCAGGCUCGAGUCCCCCAAGUAUUCCUUGCAAACUGACAAAAGCGGAGGAUCCACAAUUCCUGCCGUCCCCACCGGCUAAACCCAAAGUCAUUGACUCAACCGAGACUUCUGUAACUCUUUCAUGGAAUAAGCCGUUGUUUGAUGGGGGAGCUGCUGUAACAGGAUACUGUGUUGAAUAUAAGAGAACGGAUGAGGAGGACUGGUGUGUCAGUGUUUCAAACACAGAGAACACUGAAUCCACUGUCGUUGGUUUGACACCUGGUGCAGAAUAUAUAUUUGUUGUCAAAUCCAUCAACAAGAUUGGUGUCAGUGAGCCAAGUCCUCCCACUGAUCCACAAGCAGCUGAGGACCGAGAAGAGGAACCACAGUUUAAUAUCAGCAAUGAGAUGAGAAAGACUCUUCUUGUAAAGGACGGCAGUUCAUUCACCUUAACUGUGCCGUUCAGCGGCAAGCCUUUUCCUAACGUCAUGUGGGACAAGGCAGAUGUUGACCUGAGAGUGAGGGCCAGUAUUCAUACCACUGAUACCGUCACGUCUAUCACGGUGGACCAAGCAACAAGAGACGACUCUGGAAAAUAUACAGUAACUUUACAAAACGUUGCUGGAAAAGUCACAUGUACGUUAAAUGUCAGGGUUCUUGACUCUCCUGGUCCACCAUGCCGUGUUGGGGUCAAGGAUGUUACCAAGAGCUCUGCCACAGUUGCCUGGGAUACCCCAGAGAACGAAGGUGGUGCUGCUGUCACCAACUACCUUGUUGAUAUUCGUGAGGUGAACAACAAGGGAUGGACCAGAGUCACAGAUUCAUGUCCUCGUCUGACCUACAGAGUGUCAGAUCUACAAGAGGGAGGUGUGUACUACUUCAGAGUCACUGGUGAAAACCAGUAUGGAAUCGGCUUGCCAGCUGAGACCAAAUACGGAGCAAUGAUUACAGAAAAACCAAGCCCACCACAAACCAUCGAAGUCACCGAGAUCACCAAGGAAAGUGUGUCCUUGUCAUGGAUUAAGCCCGAGGAUGACGGAGGGAGCAGAAUCAGCAGUUAUCGUGUCGAUGCUCUCGAGAACGGUCAGGAUAAAUGGGUGAAGUGUGGCGUCACCAAGACCGUCCACUUCGUGGUGUACGACCUGAAGGAAGCUACUCAAUACUUCUUCAGAGUUCGUGCUGAAAACCACGCUGGAUUCAGUGACCCUACAGAAAUGGCUCUCCCUGUGUUAGUUAAAGGGCAACUUGAACCUCCUGAAAUGAACAUGAACAAGUUUCCUGACAAUAUAGUCUACGUCAGAGCAGGAUCGAACCUAAAAUGCCAGAUCCCACUUACUGGGAAACCUGCGCCAAAGAUUUCUCUUUCAAAGGACGAUGUCGUGUUGAAGUCAACGAUGAGAUUCAACUCUGAAGUAACUCCUGAAUAUCUUAUCAUCAGUCUUCGUGAGAGCACUGCUACUGAUUCAGGAAGGUACGACAUAUGUGCCUCUAACACCAGCGGAGCCUCCAGGUCUUUUGUGACCAUCGUGGUCCUGGAUAGACCCAGCGCCCCAGUUGGUCCUAUUGGAAUGUCUGAGGUGACCGAGGACAGCGUGAGUCUGACGUGGCUUCCUCCUCGGUAUGACGGCGGAAGCCCCGUCACAAACUACAUAAUAACCAAACGAGAAACGACAAACGCCGACUGGACUGAAGUCUCCUCGGUCGUUGUGAAAUGCACAAUGAAAAUCAUGAAGCUCAUAACAGGACAGGAGUACCAGUUCAGAAUCAGGGCUGAAAAUCGCUACGGCAUCAGUGAGUACAGCGACUCUGCAACCGUCAGAGUGGAUCUCAACUACACCGUCCCUGAAUCUCCGUCAGCCCCUAUCGUCACCUCUGUGACCAGAGAAAGCGUCACCGUCGCCUGGACGGAGCCGAACUGGAAUGGAGGGAGACCAGUCGUUGGAUACCAUCUUCAGAUGAAGGACAAGAACAGCAUCCUGUGGCAGACGGUUAACAAAACCGUUAUCCGUGCCACACACUUCAAAGUGACCAACGUCAUCGUUGCUGGUCUCGUCUAUGAGUUCAAGGUGGCAGCGGAAAACGCAGCUGGAUGCAGUCCCCUGAGCAAGACCUCAGACGCUGUACUGGCCGUUGAUGCUUGUGAGCCUCCGACCAACGUGCGGAUCACUCACAUCAGAAAGUCCUCCGUCAGACUUGAAUGGCUGAAGCCUACUUACGACGGCGGUAGCAAGGUCACGGGAUACCUGGUUGAGAAGAAAGAGGGAGAACGAGACAGGUGGACGAAGGCCAACUCAACCAACGUCUCUGACACACACUACACCGUGACCGAGCUGAACGAGUGUGUGGUUUACGAAUUCAGAGUCGUGGCUAAGAAUGCAGCGGGAUCCGUCAGUAAUUCGUCCGUCACUGCCGGCCCGGUGAUGUGUGUGGACACGGACGCUUACGAAGGAGAUUAGAUGGUUUCAUGUGAUUUGUUUAAUUGUCAGAGGCUUUGCUAGUAUUGUUGUGAAAAGUGGUCAAAGUCCUUCGAUUUGCAUUUGUUUUUUUCCCUUUUAAAGUUGACAUUUACGUAAUUGAUGUGGUUACUGAAAUAGCUAUUUGUUUUGAUUUGGUAGACGAUAUUUCUGUUCUGAUAGCUGAUUUUAAUAGCAGAGUAGAUUUGAUAUGCUUCAACUAUUGUCUGACUUGUCGGGAAAGUGGUCAAAAUGGUUGAUUUGUGUGAGUAAAUCACAGUGUUAACAGAAUGGUUGAUUUGAGUAAAUCACAGGUAGACUAGUGGUUAGAGUGGAGGGACGGCAGGUAGACUAGUGGUUAGAGCAUUGGACUAGUAACCAGCAGGUAGCCUAGUGGUUGGGCCAGUAACCAGCAGGUAGUCUAGUGGUUAGAGCAUUGGACUAGUAACCAGCAGGUAGCCUAGUGGUUGGGCCAGUAACCAGCAGGUAGCCUAGUGGUUAGAGCGUUGGACUAGUAACCAGCAGGUCGCCUAGUGGUUAGAGCGUUGGACUAGUAACCAGCAGGUAGCCUAGUGGUUGGGCCAGUAACCAGCAGGUAGCCUAGUGGUUAGAGCGUUGGGCCAGUAACCAGCAGGUAGCCUAGUGGUUAGAGUGUUGGGCCAGUAACCAGCAGGUAGACUAGUGGUUAGAGCGUUGGGCCAGUAACCAGCAGGUAGCCUAGUGGUCAGAGCGUUGGGCCAGUAACCAGCAGGUAGUCUAGUGGUUAGAGCAUUGGACUAGUAACCAGCAGGUAGCCUAGUGGUUGGGCCAGUAACCAGCAGGUAGCCUAGUGGUUAGAGCGUUGGACUAGUAACCAGCAGGUCGCCUAGUGGUUAGAGCGUUGGACUAGUAACCAGCAGGUAGCCUAGUGGUUGGGCCAGUAACCAGCAGGUAGCCUAGUGGUUAGAGCGUUGGGCCAGUAACCAGCAGGUAGCCUAGUGGUUAGAGUGUUGGGCCAGUAACCAGCAGGUAGACUAGUGGUUAGAGCGUUGGGCCAGUAACCAGCUGGUAGCCUAGUGGUUAGAGCGUUGGACUAGUAACCAGCUGGUAGCCUAGUGGUUAGUGUUGGACUAGUAACCAGCAGGUAGCCUAGUGGUUAGAGUGUUGGACUAGUAACCAGCAGGUAGCCUAGUGGUUAGAGCGUUGGGCCAGUAACCAGCAGGUAGCCUAGUGGAUAGAGCGUUGGACUAGUAACCAGCAGGUAGCCUAGUGGUUAGAAUGUUGGACUAGUAACCAGCAGGUAGCCUAGUGGUUAGAGCGUUGGGCCAGUAACCAGCAGGUAGUCUAGUGGUUAGAGCAUUGGACUAGUAACCAGCAGGUAGCCUAGUGGUUGGGCCAGUAACCAGCAGGUAGCCUAGUGGUUAGAGCGUUGGGCCAGUAACCAGCAGGUAGUCUAGUGGUUAGAGCAUUGGACUAGUAACCAGCAGGUAGCCUAGUGGUUUGGCCAGUAACCAGCAGGUAGCCUAGUGGUCAGAGCGUUGGGCCAGUAACCAGCAGGUAGUCUAGUGGUUAGAGCAUUGGACUAGUAACCAGCAGGUAGCCUAGUGGUUGGGCCAGUAACCAGCAGGUAGCCUAGUGGUUAGAGCGUUGGACUAGUAACCAGCAGGUCGCCUAGUGGUUAGAGCGUUGGACUAGUAACCAGCAGGUAGCCUAGUGGUUGGGCCAGUAACCAGCAGGUAGCCUAGUGGUUAGAGCGUUGGACUAGUAACCAGCAGGUAGCCUAGUGGUUAGUGUUGGACUAGUAACCAGCAGGUAGCCUAGUGGUUAGAGCGUUGGACUAGUAACCAGCAGGUAGCCUAGUGGUUAGAGCGUUGGACUAGUAACCAGCAGGUAGCCUAGUGGUUAGAGCAUUGGGCCAGUAACCAGCAGGUAGACUAGUGGUUAGAGCAUUGGGCCAGUAACCAGCUGGUAGCCUAGUGGUUAGAGUGUUGGUCUAGUAACCAGCAGGUAGCCUAGUGGAUAGAGCAUUGGGCCAGUAACCAGCAGGUAGCCUAGUGGUUAGAGCGUUGGACUAGUAACCAGCAGGUAGCCUAGUGGUUAGAGCAUUGGACUAGUAACCAGCAGGUAGUCUAGUGGUUAGAGAGUUGGACUAGUAACCAGCAGGUAGCCUAGUGGAUAGAGCGUUGGACUAGUAACCAGCAGGUAGCCUAGUGGUUAGAGCGUUGGACUAGUAACCAGCAGGUAGCCUAGUGGUUAGAGCGCUGGGCCAGUAACUGAAAGCUUGCUGGAUUGAAUCCCUGAGCUGACAAGGUAAAAAUCUGUUGUUCUGCCCCUGAACAAGGCAUUUAACCUACAGUUAACCUACUGUUCCCCAGUAGGCCGUCAUUAUAAAUACGAUUUUUUUUCUUAACUGAUUUGACUAGUUAAAUAAAGGUCUAAUAAAAAAUGUAAUAAAA